CUCAGAGUAGGUGAUCUGUCUCGAUGGAUCACUCCGAGUGCACUUCAUCGCAUGCGCACGGGCCAAAAAGUGGGUGAUAUAGACAGAAGGGGUCACUUACGUCAGCACACUAUAUAGUGGGGAACGCUUGGUCGUGUCGGAUGGAGCCGGAGGGAGAGUGUAGAGUCAGAAGGUGUGUUCACUUUAGGUCGAGGGUUUGGGUGGGCCACUGGGGGAGCUCCCACAGUAACGCUUCCACGCCACAAAAGUGAGCAUGUUUCCGUCCCACCUCCGCAUACUCCACGCCUGGUGGUUGAUUAUUACGUAAUCGAUGACCAAGCUCACUUUCCACCCCAGACUUGGCACUCCGGAAUAACCACCUAGUUCCGGUUAGCUGUUCAACCUUGCAAUUGUGCCUGAAGCAACAUCGUAACCAGUCCUUCCAACAACUUCCUGAGCCAUGAUCGUCCUACCCAAUACGCCACCGCUUCCGUUAGCCACCAAAAUCCGCACCAGCUUAUCCGAGCUUACUACAAAGCGUUCGUCAGUGGUCACGGACUCAAUUGGCAACUACAAUGAUUCGAUCAGAUAUGCCGUGAAUCUUGAACUGUAUCUCGAAGACAUUUUUCGCUUCGGAGUGGAAAGAACUCAACGGGAAGACCAAGGCGAGUUGAUCCGUUCCUUUACAACCAUCGAAAUGGCCACCAAAGACAUACCCUGGAAAGGUGUUGGGCGUAGCACUCGUUUUAGAGCGAAAUUGAUGAAGAAAUUUGCAAGAGAUGAGUCUAAAGAACUAUCAUGGACUUUGGCAAACGAAGUAGAAACGGUCCUAGUGUCUCUUUCAUUCAUCUAUAUCAAGAUUGGGUCAGAACUCACAAACGAGCUUAUCGAUUCCUCCAAAGAUAAUGACGAUACAACAAAGAAGUGGAAACAAGUAGCUGCUUUCUACAGAAAAGCCAUCUCAUUCAGUGCAUUUGGCAAGUACGUAUCUGAAAUUGCCAUUAGCUGUGAUCUGGGCUCAAUUUCACCAUUGGUGUUUUUAUUCAUUAUCAAAAUAAGCGAAAUUUGCAUACAAAUGUCUAUCCUAUCCAAAUCCUCAUGGAUAAAUCGCCUUUCUUUUGACAUGAGUAACUCGAUUUCUACAAAAAACAACGGUAUGCUCUCAAGAGUGGCUAUAUUUAUUGUGAAUGAACUUGCGGCCUCGAAAGUAUUGUUAAAGGAACUUGAUACAACAGUAUCGGAAAUUGACACAUCCAAUUGGCAAGAAUAUUUGGAAGUGGUUGAAAAAUACUCCAAUGCAUAUGCUGGCCUUUUCCUUGCCAUUGAAAAUUACCAGCAAGACAAGCUUGGCCACGCAAUUGGAUUGCUCAACUUUAGUUUGUUGAAUUUGCAGUCCAAAAAGGUGGAGGUAAAUGAUACGAAAAAGUUAUCCAAGUUGAAAUCGAAAUAUCUUAUUAUGAAGAAUGAGAGUGUAUUGAAGAGUUUAAAUUCCGUCUCUACACUAAAUUUUGAUAAGAGUGUUUUUAACGAUAAGUCAGGAAUAAUCUUGAAUGAUUUGACUUAUUUGUUUGAUCAAUUGAUUGCAUUGCACUUGAAAUUCACCAAAGAAAACGAUAAUUUAAAGUUUGAUAAGGUGGUCGACUGGAGUGAAGUGCAUAACGAUUCGAAAUGGCCCUUGGGAACUCUGAUACCUACGAGCAAGGUAACUGCAUAUAAUCCAUUGGGUAAUUCUAGCACAAGCAGUGAAAAUCAAACAGAAGGAGGAUACUAUUAAAAUUCAACUCGUGGCAUGUUCCACUUUGGGCUGACGUAUGUGAUUUUGACUAUCGCUAUUAUAAGCAUUAAAGUCUGGCACUAAAAUUUCCCGAAAUUACAUGGGAUACCAAAACAGUCAAGUUCUUAGCAUAUAUAUUAUAAUAUACACGAUUUGUGAGUAAGAUCUUAAUGAACAGAUCUGAAGAUUUGCCGGACUUCCAUACUGCUCACGCCUCCAUCGACAUCUUCAAAUCCUGAUCUUAAUAUUCUCUCCAAGCGCUUGAAAUAGUCCACAAACUCCUCCUCCGUAUCCUUCCACAAUCUAUCUAACAAAUCCUUUUCAAACAUAUCCUUGCCGAUUAUGAAAUGUUUCUCCAAUUUCUUUUCGAUAUCUUCCACUUUUAGUGUCAAAUCCUUAUGAUUGUAUCCACUCAAGAGGGAUUUGAUGAACUUUUUGUUGUACUUCUUAGGUUUACCAUUAUUCAUCUUUUCCAAGGCUUCAUAAUUAGUAAUGAA